AUGCCCGUUGUAGCUAUUGCAGGGAGCACCGGCAGUGUCGGUCGCUUUAUCGUUGAAGAGACUAUCGCAGAUGGCAAUUUUGAGGUCAACCCAUCGCUGGAGAAAGAGCUCGGUGCUCGCAUCCUCGCUAUCGAUUACUCCGACCCCAAUUCCAUUGCGACCUUGCUCGAAGAAAACAAUGUUGAGGUCGUCAUUGCCGCGCUGAGUGGACAUACACCUCCCGAGCAGGAGCUUGGUCUCAUCCAAGCCGCCGCCAAGUCUAAAGUCACCAAGCGAUACAUCCCUAGCGUAUGGGGUAUCAAGUAUCGCCCAGAGCAAUCUUGGUUCUUCAAUGCCGCAGCCAAGCUGUCUCUCUUUGAGGCACUGGAAAAGACUGACUUGGAGUGGACUGCGGUUGCAAAUGUCUUCUUUCUCGAUUACUGGGGCACCCCAAAUCUCAAGACAUACCUGGAUCCUUUGACCAUAGUUCUGGAUAUUCCUGCAAGAAAGGCUGCGAUUCCAGGCAACCCAGACCAGCCAGCUAUCUUCACAUACACGAAAGAUGUUGCUAGAUUUACAGCUAAGCUCUUGACGCUGGAGAAAUGGGAUCCAGUAUCAUAUAUCAUCGGCGAUAGGCUUUCGUGGAAGGAGUUUGUGAAGCUUGCUGAAGAGGUUACUGGCGAUAAGUUCGAGGUCACUUACGAUUCAGUUGAGUUGCUCCAGUCAGGAAAGGUCACAGAGCUUCCGGGCCACCUAGCUGUCUACCCCUCCUUCCCAAAAAACGCACUGCAAACCAUGCUUUCCGAGCUUGGUAUCUUUUUUAACCAGGGAGGGAUGGACUUUCAGCCGGAGAAGACUCUUAACAGCCUUUUCCCAGAGAUUAAAGUAGCGACCGCCCGGGACGUUUUAGAGUUUGCUUGCAAGAAAUAG